CAGAUUCCUUAUUUAAAGGGAGCUGGAGGACAAUUGACACAAAACUCUCCUGCAGCCCAAAGACUGAAGCAGAGUAGUCUCAAGGAUCUCCAACAUCUCUACUCAGCAGAAUGAAAUACGCACAGUAUGUUUUCCUGGCCUCGGUCUUCUAUACUGUUGAAUACAGCCUAGCUCAGACCUGUGCAGUGGAGUCCUUUGCUGUGAAAGACAAUUUUGAUCCAAAAAGGUAUGCAGGAAAAUGGUAUGCUCUGGCCAAGAAGGAUCCAGAAGGCCUUUUCCUUCAGGACAACAUUUCUGCUGAAUACACCGUGGAGGAAGAUGGCACAAUGACAGCGUCCUCCAAAGGCCGAGUGAAGCUUUUUGGUUUCUGGGUGAUCUGUGCUGACAUGGCUGCUCAGUAUACGGUACCUGACCCAACCACUCCAGCAAAAAUGUAUAUGACCUACCAGGGACUGGCCAGCUACCUCUCCAGUGGUGGGGACAACUACUGGGUGAUUGACACCGACUACGAUAACUAUGCUAUCACCUACGCCUGCCGCAGCCUGAAGGAGGAUGGCUCCUGUGACGAUGGCUAUUCCCUGAUCUUCUCGCGCAAUCCCCGUGGCCUCCCCCCAGCCAUCCAGCGCAUUGUGCGCCAGAAGCAGGAAGAAAUCUGCAUGUCUGGCCAGUUCCAGCCUGUGCUUCAGUCAGGGGCCUGCUAAAAGUACGCUUCUGAUCCUAUCCUUAAGCACAGAAACCAGACCUCUUCAUCUUGAAGUUGCCACUCAACUAACAAUAAAAAAAAUCAUAGUAUGGAAUAGUGUGUUUUUCCUCAAAAACACAUGAAAAUAUUGGGGGAUCUGUAAACUGUGUGCAAUAUAAUAGUAAUAUUUGAAUUUUCAGUGGAAUACCUAAUGUGGCAUUUGUCAAUAAAUGUUUUGGAAAAAAAGGCA